UGCCAGAGAGGGGCUCUGAAGAUCACACUGCACAUCCUGAGGAAAAUGAACCAGAAGGAGCUUGCUGACACACUGGAGAAAUAUUCAGAUGAGCUCGCUGUGAUUUGCCAACUUGAACUCAAAUCUAAUCUAAAGAAGAAGUUUCAAUGUGUAUUUGAGGGGAUCGCUAAACAAGGAAACCCAACACUUCUCAAUAAUAUCUACACAGAGCUCUACAUCACAGAGGGUGGAACAGGAGAGGUCAAUAAUGAACAUGAGCUGAGACAGAUUGAGACAACAAACAGGAAACAAGCAAGACCAGAGACUGCAAUAAAAUGUAAUGACAUCUUCAAACCCUUAACGGGACAAGACAAACCUAUCAGAACUGUGCUGACAAAGGGAGUCGCUGGCAUUGGAAAAACAGUCUCUGUGCAGAAGUUCAUUCUGGACUGGGCUGAAGGAAAAGCAAAUCAGGAUGUCCAAUUCGUAUUUUCAUUCCCUUUUCGGGAGCUGAAUUUGAAGAAAGGGGACAAACACACUUUCAUUGAACUUCUCAAUCACUUCUCAAUGGAAACCAAACAAUCAAUCUCCAACUUCGACAAGUACAACGUUCUGUUCAUCUUUGAUGGUCUGGAUGAGUGCCGACUGCCCCUAGACUUCCAGAAGAACAAAAUCUGUUGUGACGUCACAGAGUCAACCUCAGUGGAUGUUCUGGUGACAAAUCUCAUCAGGGGAAAUCUGCUUCCCUCUGCUCUCCUCUGGAUAACUACCCGACCUGCAGCAGCCAAUAAGAUCCCUUCAGAAUGUGUUGACCAGGUGACAGAGGUACGAGGGUUCAAUGAACCACAGAAGGAGGAGUACUUCAGGAAGAGAUUCAGUGAUGAGGACCUGGCCAGCAGAAUCAUCUCACACAUAAAGACAUCAAGGAGCCUCCACAUCAUGUGCCACAUUCCAGUCUUCUGUUGGAUUUCUGCAACAGUCCUUGAACACAUGCUGAAACAUAAGAGAGAAGAGAUGCCCAAGACUCUGACUGAGAUGUACACACACCUUGUGGAGUUUCAUACCAAACAGAAGAAUGAAAAGUAUCUUGGGAAUGAAGAGACAGGUCCACACCGGAAUAAAGAGAGCAUUCUGUCACUGGGAAAACUGGCUUUUCAACAGCUUUUGAAGGGCAAUCUGAUUUUCUAUGAAGAAGACCUGAAAGAGUCUGGCAUUGAUGUCAAUGAAGCCUCAGUGUACUCAGGAUUGUGCACACAACUCUUUAAAGAGGAAUGUGUGCUGUACCAGGACAAGAUGUACUGCUUCGUACAUCUGAGCAUUCAGGAGUUUCUGGCUGCUGUAUAUGUGUUCCUCUCAUUCAUCAACAACAAUGAGAAUCUAAUGGACAAACUGCAAACAAACGACGAGCCUGAAAUUGCUUUCUACAAGGGUGCUGUCGAUAAAGCCUUACAAAGUGAGACGGGAAACCUGGACCUUUUCCUUCGCUUCCUUCUGGGCCUCUCACUGGAGUCCAAUCAGAAGCACUUACGAGGUCUACCGACAAAGACAAGAAGCAGCCCACAGAGCCAUGAAGAAACAAUCAAGUACAUCAAGGAGAAGAUCAGGGAGAAUCCCUCUCCAGAGAGGAGCAUCAAUCUGUUCCACUGUCUGAAUGAACUGAAUGACCAUUCUCUAGUGGAGGAGAUCCAAAGAUACCUGAGAUCAGGAAGUCUCUCUAAGUUCAAACUGUCACAUGCACAGUGGUCAGCUCUGGUCUUUGUGUUGCUGACUUCAGAAAAGGAGCUGGUUGUGUUUGACCUGAAGAAAUACUCCAGAUCAGAGGAAGGUCUUCUGAGGCUGCUGCCAGUGGUCAAAGCCUCCCGAGCUGUUCUGCUGUCAGGCUGUGGAGUCACAGAGGAAGGCUGUGCUUCUCUGGUCUCAGCUCUGAAGUCAAACCCCUCACACCUAGAGCUGGACCUGAGUAACAAUGACCUGAAGGAUUCAGGAGUGAAGCUGCUCUCUGCUGGACUGGGGAAUCCCCACUGUAAACUGGAGACUCUGAGGCUGUCAGGCUGUCUAGUCACAGAGGAAGGCUGUGCUUCUCUGAUCUCAGCUCUGAGGUCAAACCCCUCACACCUGAGAGAGCUGGACCUGAGCUACAAUCACCCAGGAGACUCAGGAGUCAGACUGCUCUCUGCUGGACUGGAGGAUCCACACUGCAGACUGGAGAAACUCAAUGUGGAACAUGGUGGAGAGAACAGAAUGAAACCUGGACUUAGAAAAUAUGUCUGUGAUCUCACACUGGACCCAAACACAGUAAACAGACUCCUCUCUCUGUCUGAGGAGAACAGAAAGGUGACAUGUAGGAGAAAGAAGCAGCCGUAUCCUGAUCACCCAGAGAGAUUUGAGAACUGUGAACAGGUGAUGUGUAGAGAGGGUCUGACUGGGCGCUGUUACUGGGAGGUAGAGAGGAGUGGGAGAGGGGCUGGUAUAGUAGUGACAUAUAAAGGAAUCAGCAGGAGAGAAGGGGGUAAUGACUGUGGUCUUGGAUGGAAUGGCAAGUCCUGGAGUUUGGUCUGCACUGACAACCGUUACUAUGCCUGGCACAAUAAAAAUCGGACUACCAUAGACGUCCGCCCCUCCAGCCCCUACAGAGUAGGAGUGUAUCUGGACUGGCCAGCCGGCACUCUGUCCUUCUAUAGAGCCUCCUCUGACACACUGACCCACCUGAUCACAUUCACCUCCACAUUCACUGAGCCCCUCUAUCCAGGGAUUAGGGUUUGGGGUGAUGACUCCUCAGUGUCAAUAAUCACCUGACACACAAACUGGACAAACACACACACACACUGACCCACCUGAUCACAUUCACCUAUAUAUCCCUCUAUCCAAACAUACACUGGACAAACAACAGUUUCAGUAAAUAAUAACUUGACACAUUCGGAUUAUGAUGAUGGCGACUCAGUGACACACACACACACACACACACACACACACACACACACACACACACACACACACACACACACACACACACACACACACACUGACACUGUCCACACACUCACACACUGAACACACACACAGGACACACACUCACACCGCACACACAAACACACACUGGACACACACACUUACACUGGACACACAAACAUUUUCACCAAUGGGCCCUUCUAUCUUUAAGGCAUAACACAUACACACACAGAGUGGACAUACACAAACACGCACUGGACGCACUGGACACACACACACACACACACACACACACACACACACACUGGACACACACACUGGACACACACACUGGACACACACACACUGUAAACACACAUUCACACUGGACACACACAUAUACACACACACUGGAUCCCAUGUUCUAGAACAGCUUCUAUCCCAGUUCUAUUUGCCUUUUAAAUCAGUUUCUGGACCACAGGUUCUAGAACAGCUUCUAUCCCAGUUCUAUCUGCCUGUUAAAUCAGUUUCUGGACCACAGGUUCUAGAACAGCUUCUAUCCCAGUUCUAUCUGCCUGUUAAAUCAGUUUCUGGACCACAGGUUCUAGAACAGCUUCUAUCCCAGUUCUAUCUGCCUGUUGAAUCAGUUUCUGGACCACAGGUUCUAGAACAGCUUCUAUCCCAGUUCUAUCUGCCUGUUAAAUCAGUUUCUGGACCACAGGUUCUAGAACAGCUUCGAUCCCAGUUCUAUCUGCCUGUUAAAUCUGUUUCUGGACCACACGUUCUAGAACAGCUUCUAUCCCAGUUCUAUCUGCCUGUAAAAUCAGUUUCUGGACCACAGGUUCUAGAAUAGCUUCUAUCCCAGUUCUAUCUGC